CUUACUGUCAACUUCUUCCUCCUUCUAUACGUUAGCAGAAGUUAGUCUAGGAACAAAAGAGAUGAGAUAUUGAGAUGACGGACAUAUAUGUCUCUGUUCUACGGCGUGGUGCCGACCUAAUGCACAUAGAUUCAUCUAAAGUUUGGGAUCGAGCGGUAGACGUCGUAGCUGCGAAUUGGCAUUUGGGAUUUACAGCGUUCGGUGGUCCGCCAGUGCACUUCCAAAUUCUUCACAAGAAAUUUGUAGAGAAAUACGAGUGGGUAGAUGAGCAAAUGUUUCAAGAGGUUUUUGCGCUCAGUCAGGCACUCCCAGGCCCAGCAAGUACCAAGAUGUUGUUCUGCAUAAACUAUCUUCGUGGUGGUCUUCUCGCUGGAUUUGGUGCAUUCUUACUAUGGUGUCUUCCCGGGGCCAUCGGCAUGUAUGGUUUAUCAUUAGGUGUCUCACACAUCAGUGAUACCCUACCUCUACCCGUCUACGCUCUACUCUCUGGUCUCAACGCAGCCACUGUCGGCAUCAUCGCUCUCGCCGCCGUUCAGCUUGCGCAAAAAGCUAUCACUGAUAAAGUUACCCGUGCGCUAGUGUUCCUUGGUGGAGUUGGUGGGAUGCUGUACACAGCUUUAUGGUUUUUCCCAGUCCUGAUGGCUGGGGCGGGAAUCGUAACGAUUGUUUGGGAUUUUCGGUGGCUCCAGCGCAUGUAUAAGCGGGUAUGGAAACCACGGCGGACAUUGGAUCAGACGACUGGAGAAGGCCCCGAACCGAGACAGCGCUCUAGUGGGGAGAUGCCGGAGGAUGAAAGGGCUCCUUACACUGAGCCAGACCAAGAUGAGAGGUCGAUAUAUCUUCGACGCAUGCCGCUUUCUGAGGAUCCUAAUCUAGUAUCGACAGAAGUUGAAGCUUCUCCUGACAGUGAUGAGACUACUAGAUCACAAGAAGAAUCACAGUCUACCGACCGAGUCGUUCCAGCAAGCCUACAAAUGAAUCUCCUAACUUGGAAAACUGGAGUGUGUGUCAUUAGCGCCUUCUUAAUGUCCUUUAUCACGAUCAUGGUUAUUCGCGGUCUACUGAAAAGUCCACCUAGAGGCGUCUCACUAUUCGCAAACCUCUACCUUGCAGGCACGAUUAUCUUUGGCGGCGGACCUGUAGUUAUUCCCCUUCUUCGCGAGUACAUUGUGGCCGAAGGUUGGGUCUCCCCACGCGAUUUCCUCCUUGGCCUUGCGCUCAUCCAGUCUUUUCCCGGCCCAAACUUUAACUUUGCCAUCUACCUUGGCUCGCUUGCGACUGCCGGGACACCUCUUCCAUCAUUUUCAGGGGCCCUGAUCGGAUUUAUUGCGAUUUUCACGCCGGGCAUCAUUAUUGUCAUAGGAAUCAUGGGAUUAUGGAGCGUUCUACGCUCUCAUCGCUGGCUGCUGUCUCUGCUACGGGGAAUUAAUGCUGGGGCUGUUGGAUUGGUUUUUACGGCAGUGUAUAAAUUGUGGCAGAUUGGCUACGUAGAUGUGGAUAAUCAGGGUGGGAGUCCCCUUGGAAGAGACCCAUGGUGGGUUGCAAUAACGGCUACGAGUUUCGUUGGAGGUGCAUGGUUCGGGUUGAGUGCACCAUUUGCGAUUUUGCUUGGGGGUGCGAUGGGGAUGGCUUGGUAUGGAGUUGUGGUGGUCUAGAAAAUACGUACUAAGAGAGCACAAGUUUCAGCAUGAAUUUGCGCCGUACAGCCGCCAUAAAGCUGAUAUUAAUCUCCCACAUCAUAAUGAGGCUCUAAAGCUUAGAUAAGACCCUCUAAGUAUUAGGAG